GCAGCAAGAAGGAUUAUUACGACCAAUAUUUUGCUCAUUACUUGUUCCUGGCUCACCACACAGACCACAAAACCAUACUUCAUCACUUCCUCCUGCAAGUUGCAUCAUUUAACCCUCCUCCAUCUUUUAAUUAAGAAUAAUGGCACAGCCUGGCAUAGAACGUUGUGACGGCACCGAGAAUGAGCUCAUUCAAGACCAGACUUGACCAACACUGGUGCAGGAUGGAGCAGCAAGGUAGAAACUUGAAAAAGGAGGAGGACAUGGAGAAGCCGGUGCCAGCCAAUGAGCUGGAGCAAGCCAGAGAGAUGGCCAGGAUUGUUGGCUCUGCCUACCGUCACGUGGAGCACCAGCAGGCAGCCGACCAGGUGGCAGGAGUUGCCGAUGAAGUAUUUGACCAUCUAUUAUCUUCAGGUGGUAGGAGGGAGGAGUCACUGCCCUCCACAUCCAGCCAACCAUCUAUAACACCGAGAAUCCCCUCUCUGCCCCACAGUACAGUGUGUUCAGAAGGAUCAGGUUCAUUGGCACUUCAGCUGCAUUACUCUGGGACGUGCAGCAUCGAGCCUGACGAUGCUGAAGGACGAGACUGUACUGUUGAUGAAAUCUUGGAUCUACCUCCCUCUCUAGACACAGCGCUCAAGCUCAACAUGGCCUUACAGAUCAGUUUUUCGGAUAAAAUCAAAACCCUGCAAAAGGCGUUGAAGGAAAACCAUUCCAGACAGGAAAUGUUGAAGAAUAAAAUCACAGCAAUCAAAUAUUGCACGGAUCAAGUGCUUAAGUGGGACGGCUCGGACAAACCACCACUGCGCAUCUCCCACUUCGCUGUUCCAUACUUUAAGAAUCGAAGUGGCAUGAAUGCUCCCAUGAAUGAAGACGCAAAAUUUAAAGUGGAUAAUGGCUACUUAGACCUGUACACGACCCGCACGAGACCAUGGACGGUUACAGAACAAGAAGUCCUAGGCAAGGUUGUUCGGGAGGACUGGAAAGAUAACAUGUUGAAGACUCAGAAUUCACAGUUACGGGAACUCCAACGCAGGCUUAACAGACUCGAGGACCAGGGGAAAUUGGCUUUGAUGGCUAAUAUCGAGGCAUUGAUUGUAAAAUGUAUGGAAAAAAUUGAAACUACAACCCAGACUCCCGUAGCAGAUUUUAUACCAACUCCAGGAGGAAAGUUGGACUGGGAGAAAAUAGCAGCCCAAGGAUAUGACGGCCAUCGCAGCUCCCAGGAGUGCCGGCUACAGUGGGAAAACUUCGUCCAUCCUAGCAUCAACUGUACAUUGUGGACAGAGAAAGAAGAUUUAACAAUCCAGGAAAUUAUGAUGAAACGAAAAAAUCCUAAUCCAGACUGGGAACUGAUAGCCAUGCAAUUGGACACCAAUAGGACAGGUCUUCAGGUGAUGCAGAGGUGGGUGUCCUUCAUAAACCCAACACUGAACCCGGCCAAGUGGAACCCAGAGAUGACCCGGAAGCUCAUCGAUACAGUCAACAUGUUGAGGAUUGGUUCUCACAUCCCCUGGGCACAGGUGCACCAACACAUGGUCGGGUUCAGCCGUAAUCAGGUUCAGAAUCGAUGGCGAAUGAUCAACCCCGACCAGUCUAAAGGACCGUUCACUGUUGAGGAGGACUUCAUACUUAUAAAGGGUUUGCACAUGUUUGGAUUAAACUUCAGCAAUAUUGCUCACUUCAUGCCUGGUCGCAGUCCCUGUCAGGUACGGGAGAGGUACAAGCGAACCCUAUUGCGCAGUCUAGCUUCUGACCCUUGGUCGAGAAGUGAAGAUGACAUACUUAUCAGGGAGUGCCAAGUCGGUCCCCGGAACUGGCGGAAGAUGGUCAUGAUGCUUCCCAAGCGCGAUGCUUGUCAGAUACGAAACCGUUACCACACCAUCCAAGUGUGGCAGACUAUUACUGGAACUAACAUGGCACCGCCACCCCUGUUCCCAGUUUCCAUGACUGUUAACCCGAUUCAGGUGAAGAAUAUCCGCAAGCACAUGAUCCUGGAGUCCAACAACAUCAAGGAAAUAGUUGAUAUAAGUCGGAAAGGGAUGAAUGUGACCAGUGCUGUUAAGGAACUGGAGCAACGACGACUCGUAAUCAAAGCUCGUAAGGCCAAGUACCCAGUGGAGAGAUUGAAGCAUUAUACUGAACAGCGGGGACGGAGACCAGGAGCUAACAGUCCCCGCCAAUAUACACUACAGGACAGCCUUCUCCUAGACUUCUUCACACCUGGCAGAAAUAAUCCUUCAGAUUUCUCUAACUGUUUUAAGAGCAUCCAACCAAGUCUUACCAUAUUGAGCAAGAUCUUCCAGCUGAGGAUCCUGAGGGAGGUGACGCCCUCAGAGGAGGAUAUAGCCCGUACCCUCCAACUUAGCGAAGAAGAUCUAGACUUCAUCCAAGAACUCGUGACGGAACACAACCACUCAGGGGAGACGAAAUCAUCAGAUGACUGUGAGGCAUGCUCACCACCCUGCCCAGAAGCUAUACCCUUGCUGCCUCCAAGCCUCACAACUCAAGGUGCACUCUGGUCCUACCUCGUCCAUCGCCCAAAGCUCAUAGAAAUGGCCUCGAGGGAGUUCAUAUUCUUCAAAGCAACCAAAGCAGAGCUGGCCAUUUUAGGACCACAACCCAGACUGAACAAGUUGGUGAAACGGGCCCCACUGACAGACGUGUCCUUUCAACUGCAGAGCAGCAACUCUAUACAAGCCACCAAAUCACCAAAUUCUGCAGUGAAACAAAUUGCUGGUGAAUCAGAAGUAUGUGACGUAGAAAAAUUACAAUGGAAUGUUAAGCCUAGCCCGAGCAAGUGGCACAACAUUGUAUCCUCAGAGGCAGAUGCUGUUGGUAGAUCAGACAUCGAGACAUCUGACAGAGUUGGUGAUCAAAGUGCCAUGAAAAUUCACAUCACUUUGAAAUCCUUACAGAAGAAGCCCGGUAAACCAAGAUUCCGUAACCAUAAUUGGAAGUUGGAUCAGUCAGCACUCACAACUUACUCACGAGGUAAGACAAAACCAGAGACAACAGUGCCAAGUUCAGAGUCAGCUGGACCAUCAGGAGCUGACCCUGACUCAAGUAAACAAACUGGAACUUGUGUGACUAAUGAACCUCCUUUGUCUAAGCGCUCUCAAGAAGAACCACCGCCACCUAAAAGACAAAGGAUUAAUGAGGAAGUGGAAGCUGAAGAACGUUCUGAGAACUUAUUGUUCCAAAGAAUGUUGUCCAUCUUUUACUGGCCAGCCAUGAUGACUCUGGUCAACCCUCCCCAGGAACACGUACAGCAGGUGGAUAAAAUGAUGGCCAAGAAAGAACUCAAUGAAGAGCCCAGCCCCCCAAAAGUUGACAAACCAAAGAAGAUGAUGCUCACCAAAGAUGAACUUGAUAUUGAGGAGCAAGAGAUGUAUAUCCAUCAGCUGUCACAGACACACCAGGCAUAUCAGGCAUGGAUGAAUCAUCAAAAGAAACUGCGACUAACAUCAUCCAGGAGAAACUCAUCUCAAAAUAAUGAAACAUCCCCAGGAAACACCAAUAUAGAAGACCCAACAACAUGUAACCAACCAAUGGAAGAAGUUGAGGCAAAAAAGGAAAAUGAAGUUGAAGCAUGUUUACAACAACAAAAUGAAGACACUAACAACACCUUGAUGGAGGUAGAGGGAACACUUAACCAAAGCAUGGAACAGUGUAGAGGUCGUGGUCGUAAUCGUGGUCGUGGUCGUAAUCGUGGUCGUGGACGUGGCAGUCAUCGGGGAAAGCCGCGCGGAAAAAGUAGAGGACAAUCGCUAGAACACAACUUUCCUCAGGAUCAUGAACCGUGUACAGAAGAAGAAUUAGGCAAGAUGGCUUGUCCACCUGGAAAAGGUAGAGGAUUAGCAAAAUAUCGACGCAAACAGAAUCUGACCAGCCUGCGGAGGUCCCUCGUCAUGAAGAAGAUCUGGGAGGCCCGACGUGAAGGCAUCGUUCCACAGCGCACGAGCAAUAGAGAAAAAAGGAACUAUCAACCACGAGCCUCACGGACACGAGACAAAGUGCGUAAGGAGAUGAUCAAGCCUCCUAAGGCUCCAAACCCUUGGGAUCUUCCGCUCAACGGUCCCAUGAAGGUACAACCGCAGGUACCUUUGGACCGAAUGGCACUUAUAGUACACCAAACACAAGAAACAGUUCUAGCACAACCACAAGAGACAGUUCUACCACAACCACAAGAGACAGUUCUAGCACAACCACAAGUGACCGUUUUAGCACAGCCUUGUUCAUCUUCUGAUCAACAAGAGCUGUAAGUGCUGGUUGUGGAGUCAUAAUGCCCAAAAAUAGCAUAACCUCAUGUAUUGCUGUGGUCCUUCUUGGGAGCUAAUGUAAGAAGGAACAUCCAAGACAUUCUGUUUACCUGCCUGUGUUUUGUAAUUAAAUUAUACUUAUAACUAGAGCCCCAUUGCUUUGUUCACAUUAUCUCUGUAAAAGGAGGCAAAGUUUAAGAAAAUUAAUAUAAAUAUAAAUUAACUAAGCAAUUAAUCAUAAAGUUACUGACCAUUUUGUUCAUAUACUGUAAGUUGCCUAUUUUGAAAGUUUUUCCUGACUCUGAAGGUUUUUAAAUGACUAAAGAUAAAGGUUUUUAGGAAUAACAAAUACCACUAAAGAAUCACAGUGUUUAGUUUGGUAUAUUAAAUAUAUAGCUAAUUUGAUGUUUAUCCUGAUGAGCAGAUCCAAUUCAGUAAUCGGCUCUCUCCCAUCCCUUAAAAAAAAAGUUAACUACCAGUACACAUUUUUUGCAUUUUUAUAUUGGGACACACUUACACCCCUUAAGUAGACAGCUCAUCAAAUAAAACAUUAAAAAAAAUUUCAUUCUUCGAUACAGUCAGUAAUUUUGUUUUAUACGAGGUCCCAUGUGAAACAACACUGGCCACAGCAUUAAGGUCUGUUGUGGCACAUAACUGGACAUCUAGAUUUGAUCAUUGUAAUAAGAGUGAAAUUAAUAAGGUCAUUAUUUAGUGUAACAUUUUGGGUCCACAUUUGAUGUAAAUUUCUACACUUUAGAGACAACUAUAAAAGCUAAGAAUUCUA